AGUUAAACGGUGUGAGGAAUGAAACGACACCGGCUCUGUCGCUUUGGAGUCUCCAGGCAGGAGGAGCUAAUUGCCGAUUAACCUCCAACGUUACCCACACAGUUUAGCAAAUAUGGCCAGCCGAGCGGACAUGGGGACCCUGUGCUCCCGGCUUUAGUGGCCAUCAACCCCAGUCAGCACCUGAGAGAGAAGAUGACCAUGAUUCUUCCAUGAGCUCUUUCAGUGUUGGCAUCCGGGGCCUCCCUCUGGCCUUGGCGUCCAUGACACAAGCCACCCCCUCUGACACGCGCUUCCACCCUAAAUGGCGGGCAAUCACUGUGGCGACCUUGCUGGCUUUGGUGCUUUUGCUGUACCUGCACAGGACAGUGGGGGACAGAGAUGGUGCUACUGGACUGUAUGAUCACAACAGGGUUUCCGGUAUAAAAAUACACCAGAAUGCCGAGGAUGACCCAUUCAGGAACUCUAACAGGCAAACUGCUCGAAGUCUCUCCCGACACAAAAAACGGGAAAAACCUUACAAUGACACGUAUCCGUUAAGUCCGCCACAGAGGACAAGUCAUGGCAUUCGCUACCGCAUUGCUGUAAUUGCUGACCUAGACACAGCAUCACGGAGCUCUAAGGACCAGACAUGGAUCAGCUACAUGAAAAGAGGUUACCUCACAGUGUCAGACAGUGCAGACACUCUGCAGGUGGAGUGGGAUGCUGAGAUGGUCACUCUGAAGAGCCAUCUAGCUGAGAAAGGGCGAGGUAUGGAGCUGUCUGAGCUGGUGGUGUUCAACGGUCACCUGUACAGUGUGGACGACCGCACAGGUGUGGUGUACAGGAUUGAGGGCAACCAGGCUGUUCCCUGGGUCAUUUUACCAGAUGGUGAUGGCUCAGUCUCCAAAGGAUUUAAGGCUGAGUGGCUGGCAGUCAAGGAUGAGCACCUGUAUGUUGGUGGACUGGGGAAGGAGUGGACCACUACCACAGGGGAAAUUGUCAACAACCACCCAGAGUGGGUGAAAGUUGUCGGCUACCAUGGUGACGUGGAGCACGAAAACUGGGUGCCACACUACAACGCCUUGAGGAGCGCAACAGGGAUCCAACCACCAGGCUACCUUAUCCAUGAAUCAGCAGCGUGGAGCGAGCGUCUUCAGCGUUGGUUCUUCCUCCCUCGCCGUGCUAGUCAUGAGUACUACGAGGAAACAGCAGAUGAGCGCCGUGCCACCAACCUCCUGCUUUCCUGCCCCGCGGACUUCAACUACAUAACAGUACGGCAUGUUGGACCGCUCAACCCCACCCACGGCUUCUCCUCUUUUAAAUUUGUUCCAGACACAGACGAUCAGAUCAUCGUGGCUCUGAAAUCUGAGGAGGACGCCGGCAAGAUUGCCACAUAUAUCAUAGCAUUUACGCUGGACGGUCGGGUGCUGAUGCCUGAGACAAAAAUAGGAGAUGUGAAGUACGAAGGGUUUGAGUUCAUUUGAUAU